AGAGCCCGCGCGCCCGAAUGAAGAGGAAGCCGUCGUGAAGGGGAUGCCGCGCUUGUCGUACCUGCGUAGACGUCUGCCGGUGGAUUUGCAGUUUAAAGACGUGUCGUACUCGGUGCCGGAAGAGUCCUGUUUUUCCAGUAAAGGUCACAAGAUGAUCCUCAAACGCCUCUCUGGAAAAUUCUGCAGUGGGGAGCUGAUUGGCAUCAUGGGGUCCAAUGGGGCUGGCAAGACCAUCUUAAUGGAUAUCUUGGCUGGGAAGCGAGAGAGUGAGAAGGGUCUGAUCCUUGUGAACGGUCAGCAGUUGAAGCUCCAAACUUUCAAGAAGUUGUCCUGUUAUAUAACGAAGCGUGACAGCCUUAUUCCCAAUCUCACUGUGCUGGAGUCCAUGAUGUUGAGUGCCAACUUAAAUGUGAAGGCAACAACAGCUGUAAAAAGAGACAUGGUGAAUGAGACCCUUAACGCCCUUCUCCUAAAGGAAUACGCAGACGUUCAAACAAGCAUACUAUCUGUGGGGCAUCAGAAACUUCUUUCAAUUGCACUGGAGCUCCUAAGGAAUCCCUCAGUCAUGUUUUUGGAUGAGCCCACCAGUACUGUAUGUGGUUACUUUUCCUUCAAAGUGAUUUCGCUCUUGAAGUCUUUGGCACAGAGUGGGCGCACAAUCGUCUGUAUCAUUCACCAACCAUGCUGUGACAUCUUAAAUUUGUUUGACAAGCUAUACAUCCUAAGUCAAGGCCAGUGUGUCUACAGUGGCACCGUAUCAUACCUCACCACAUUUCUCGCCAAGUUUGGUCUGCACUGCCGCAAAUACCACAGUCCAGCUGCCUUAAUAAUGAAAGAGGCAGCAAAGAGCUGUGAAAUUGCAUAUAUCUUUGCCUUGCAAAAUGGCUUGUGCACCAUGGAGCAGCAGAAAAGCAUUACCAGCGCAAAAGAGUCUGCCUCCUCCGAUCCCAGCCAAUGCCAAAGCGUGAGUGCCACCACGAAGGACGUGGACCCCAUGGAGAGCGAUGAGUUUGUCACCAGCACCUUCUCUCAGUUCUGUGUCCUACUCAAGAGGUCCUUCAUCUAUGACUAUCUACAACUGAAUCUGGUUCUUCAGAGUUUCGUCUCGAUCAUCAAUACUGGCUUCAUGCUUGGACUUGUGUACCUAAACGGCAAACAUGACAUAAUGAAGGUCCCUCAGAACCAGGGCUGUGUUUUCUUCAUUGUGUGUACCAUGUUGGCAUCAAUAAAAGCCUGUACAAUCCUUCUAUGUCCUCUGCAGAUGCCUGUGGUGUUAAAAGAGCACCAUAACAACUGGUACAGCCUCAAGGCUUACUACCUAGCCAAGAUGAUGUCAGAUAUGCCAAUGCAGAUCAUUGGCCCUAUCAUCUACUGCUGUAUCGCCUACUGGAUGACCAGCCAGCCUCCCAAGGCCACACUCUACGUCCUCUUUGCUGGUCUCUUAAUCCUUGUGGCAUUUGUGACCCAAUCAGUGGGCCAGUUCAUUGCAGCAAUGUGUGACUCUUUGAUGGGUGCCAAUGCUAUGGCAUGGGUUGUGGGUGCUAUAAUGUGCAUCUUUGGCGGUUUCUUUGGCCCAUUUGAUGAGCUUGCCUCAUACGUGAGGUGGAUUACAUAUUUGUCCAACAUAAGGUAUAGCUUUGGAGGAAUGGUAUUGUCCCUUUAUGGUAUUAAUCGUACUGACCUGGAGUGUGCUGAGGGCAUCUACCCACUACAGAAGCCUGAGACAAUUCUGAAAGAGCUCAAGAAUGAUGAGGCCAAGCUGGUAGUAGACAUCCACAUACUGGUCAUCUACUUCAUCAUCUUCCAUCUGGCAGCGUAUCUCGCUCUGUGUUACAAGGCCCGGCCAUCAAGGAGAAAGACAGAAUACAAAAAUUGAAGUCCACUGGAGCGCAAGAAUGGUCCGCCUACAUCUGAAUGGAUCUUCGCAAUGUACAAGUUUGAAUUGAUUUGCUUUCUCUGUUACACAUCUUGUGAAAGAACUGACUGCCUACAAGUGAUGCCACGUUCUGUUGAUUAAGGACACAUGACAACUGGAGCCAUGAGAUGCUGACAUCUGUUGAUCUCUGGACUUUUGCCUUAUCAUGAAAGUUUAUUGCUAAUAUUUGUGAUUACCGUGGCUAAAUUAAGAAUAGAUUUUAGAGUUUAGAUUUAAGGACUGAUAGUUUCACUCAUUGAUUCACUAAAGAAUAGUUUAAAGUUUAUUUUUCUGAGGCACAAAGUUUUUUUUUUCUUUGAAAGUUAUUUUACAAUGAGUUUGCCUCCUUCUGUGACAUAUUCAGAAUAUUUAUUGAUAUUCAGUUGCAAAAUACGAUUUUCAUGAUUUAUACAUCAAUUACACAUCAAAAAAUGAUUGUGAUCUUCAACAAAGUCACAUAACAGACAAACACAAUCUGCUAAAACUAAUAAAGACACAAAUAAUUGAACUUCUGAACCUUCACAGUCCCAUCAGAGGGUUCAAGUCUAUUGAGUAACCAGUAGAAUUUCCUUCAUGGUGGCGCCUUGCCGUAAGGAGACCAGCAUUUUCUUCAUGUCUGCCUGCUCCCGUGUCCUCCCACAGUCCAAAAACAUGCAGGUUAGGUGGAUUGGUAUUGCUGAAAUUAACCCUCUUGUGAAUCCUACCAGGGGUGUUUUUCCUGCCUUGUGCCCAAUGCUUGCUGGGAUAGACCCCUGCAACCCUACCCUGGAUAGGCGAAUUAGGAAAUGGGAUGGAUGAACCUCCUUUACCAUCCGUAACUUGAACCAAAGGUUUCCUGGAGCUGCUGGUGCUCAGAGUUUUCUCCUCACCACGCGGUUUCAGCUCGUUGAUGUUUGUGGGACUCCUUGCAUGGGCUUCUCCCUUUAGGUCAGGCCACAGAUGUCUCCCCUGGACUGAGGUCUGGAUUCUAAACACGCAUUGUCUCCAUUGCCACCUCUCUGGUUGUGUUUGUCUGUUAUUGGAACUGAGAUCAAAUUUAAUUUGUCACAUGAAGUUAUACAUGCAGUACAAUAUUGUAGUGAAACACUCUAAACUUCUACUAAACGUCAAGACUGUGCAUUAAAGAAGAGUUUCAAACAAUAAUACAUGACUUAAUAAACAUAAAUGCACAUCGUUAAGAUAAAUGGCAGCAAUAGUAAGCAUUUUCUUAAAGUUAUAAAAACAUGGAACAAAUAAGUAAGUAAUGUUCACAUAAGUAAUGUUCACAUAAUAAGCAAUGUAAACAUAAUAAGCAAUAUUCACAUAAGUAAGUUAUGUUCACAUAAUAAGCAAUAUUCACA